AUGGUAACUUUAGGUUCCCAUUUGUCCAAAUUUUAACUUCCGAAUACCUAUUAUUAUAACCAUUCUGGCGUCGAUUAUAAUGAAGUCUUGCUCAAAACGCUAUUUCUUCUCCAAUAUUAGAGUUCCGGUAGUAAUUGUUGCGGCAUUACAUUGGACCCGAAGAAAGAUCUUCAAGCCUGCGUUGAUAGGAACUACAUGUUGCGACAUGGUCUUGAAUUUUUUGGCGCUGAGCUACCUCAUAGUUUUUAUGCAAAAAGCACAGCAUAUCCAGUGUCUGAUGGAUAUGCGAAUGUGGAAGAAGAAAUGAAAGAAGGUGAGGAAAAAGUGGAGGAUGAAGAGAAAAUCACGCCUCAGAAACAAAAGGAAAUUUGUGAUGGUUUUGUUCCAUAUUAUUUAUUUUAA